AAUUGAGCUCUUGAAAGAAACACAAUGGCCUCUAAAAACUGGGAUUCCAAUACGGAGAUUGAGUAUUUCCGCGAGUACCUGCGUAUACCAAGUGUGCACCCGAAUCCGGAUUAUGAGCCUUGUGUGGAAUUUCUUAAGAGUCAGGCUAACGACUUGGGUCUACCCAUCAAGGUCUACUAUCCUUUCGAUAAACAGAAUCCCGUGGUGGUUCUGACCUGGGAGGGCACUGAAAAGGAAUUGCCAAGCAUUCUGUUAAACUCCCACAUGGAUGUAGUUCCCGUGUUCCCUGAAAACUGGACUCAUCCACCUUUUGGCGCAGAUAUCGAUGAGGAGGGUCGCAUUUUCGCCAGAGGAUCACAGGAUAUGAAGUGCGUGGGAAUGCAGUACUUGGCGGCCAUCAGGGCUUUAAAGGAAAAGGGAGACAGAUUCAAGCGAACCAUUCACAUCUCCUUCGUGCCAGAUGAGGAAGUAGGAGGCACGAAGGGAAUGAGUCCUUUUGUUGACUCCGAGGACUUUAAGCUGCUUAACAUUGGGUUUUCCUUGGAUGAAGGAAUUGCUUCGCCCACAUCAGAGUUUCCUGUUUUUUAUGCCGAGCGUACUAGGAAAGGUGUGGUCUUCAAAAUAAGUGGAUCCGCAGGGCAUGGUUUGCUUUUGAUGCCCAAUACGGCGGGCGAAAAGUUGAGCUAUUUGACCAGCAAGCUGAUGGAGUUCAGGGCGGGACAAGUAAAACGCUUGAAGGAUAACCCAGAGCUACUUAUUGGCGAUGUGACCACCAUUAACUUGACUUCGGUGGUUGGCGGAGUCCAGAGCAACGUGGUGCCUCCUUUGAUAACCGCCAAUUUCGAUAUUCGUUUGUCCUUGGACAUAAAUGUCCGAGAGUUUGAAGCUAAUUUGGCCAAAUGGUGCGAAGAGGCUGGCGGCGACAUUGAGUUUGAAAUCAGUAGAAGAGAUCACAUUCCACCAACUGUGACGGAUGAUUCGAACCCUUUUUGGGUGGCCUUUAAAAACGCCACUGAGGAACUAGGCCUGGCGACCAAGCUUCAGGUGUUUCCUGGUGGCACUGACAGUCGCUACAUUCGCAAAGUAGGCAUCCCAGCUUUGGGCUUCUCGCCCAUGAAUAACACUCCAGUUCUUUUGCAUGAUCACGAUGAGUUCAUCAAAGCAGAUACUUACCUAAAGGGAGUGGAAAUCUAUCAGAAAAUCAUUGCGAAUUUAGCCGACGUUUAAUUUAAAAUGGUAUUUCUUAUAAGAAGCCAUUGUAGUCAAUUUGAAUUCAGACCGUUUUCCCGCCCUCAAUAUUAUUCACCACUACAGUUCGGUUCGGGGCUCGGCUAUUAUUUUGAAUUCGCCCCUAUUUCGCCGUGUGUUGAAUUUAAAUAGCAAGGUUUGUGUCCUUGAUUAAGGCGAAUUUAAAGCAGAUAUUAUUUAAAGCAUACUUUUUGGUGCCCAAAAACACUUUGUACACAAAAUAUAUUUUCUAAAGCAUGCUUCUGGGCAUAAAUGAAUUAUGAAAAUAAUUUUUAGUAAAAUGUGCAAGGUGUCUUUUUUUGAAAUGUUAAAUAAUAAAAUAAAAUGUAAAUCUGCUUUGCCGCUUA